GCAACUUCUCCAGCAAUCAGCAUUCAGUUCAACCAGGGCAAUCCCGAACCAUCAGGCUGAUUGGCUGGACAAGACUUCCCCUGACGGGGGUUGAAUGAGUUUCUUUUACCCCUCCCGGUACAGGAAGCUGAGGCGCAUUUCAGCAGCGGCUUUCCCAGCUCACAGAAGUGCAUCCACAGCUUGUGACCGCGGGUCUUUCCCACUGAACUCCGAGCCUCUCCCCAAAAUCCUCGUCCCGGCGGACAUUCCAAAGAAACACUGGAGGUCCUCAUGGACUCCACAAAAGACAGCGAUGGAGCAGGGAAGAACUCAGAGCUCAACAAAAAGAGUAAGAAGAAGGAAAAAAAACCAACUGUCAGUACAUUUGCAAUGUUUCGCUAUGCAGGUUGGCUCGACAGGCUGUAUAUGAUCCUGGGAACUUUGGCUGCUGUUAUCCAUGGAGCUGCACUCCCGAUCAUGAUGCUGGUAUUUGGAGAAAUGACAGAUAGCUUUGCAAAUGCAGGAAGUAGUUUGCCAAAUGCUACUCAAAGUAAUGUCUAUCUCAACAAAACUGAUAUCCUGGAAAAAUUGGAACAAGACAUGACCAAGUAUGCCUAUUAUUACACUGGAAUUGGUGCUGGCGUGCUUGUUGCUGCAUACAUUCAGGUGUCAUUUUGGUGCUUGGCAGCUGGAAGACAAAUUAAUAAAAUUAGGAAAGAGUUUUUUCAUGCUAUAAUGAAACAAGAGAUAGGCUGGUUUGAUGUUCAUGACGUGGGAGAGCUUAACACCCGGCUCACAGAUGAUGUCUCCAAAAUUAAUGAAGGAAUUGGUGACAAGAUUGGAUUGUUCUUUCAAGCAAUGGCAACAUUUUUCACUGGUUUUAUAGUAGGAUUUACACGUGGCUGGAAGCUAACCCUUGUGAUUUUGGCCAUCAGCCCUGUUCUUGGACUGUCAGCUGCCCUAUGGGCAAAGAUAUUAUCUUCAUUUACUGACAAAGAGCUCUUGGCAUAUGCAAAAGCUGGGGCAGUAGCUGAAGAAGUCUUAGCAGCCAUCAGAACUGUGAUUGCCUUUGGUGGACAAAGCAAAGAACUUGAAAGGUACAAUAAGAAUCUAGAAGACGCAAAGAGAAUUGGGAUAAGGAAAGCUAUCACAGCCAACAUUUCCAUCGGUGCUGCUUUCCUACUGAUCUAUGCAUCGUAUGCUCUGGCUUUCUGGUAUGGGACCUCCUUGGUCCUCUCCAGUGAAUAUUCUAUUGGACAAGUGCUCACUGUCUUCUUUUCUGUAUUAAUUGGAGCAUUUAGUAUUGGACAGGCAACUCCGAACAUUGAAGCAUUUGCAAAUGCCAGAGGUGCAGCUUAUGAAGUCUUCAAGAUCAUUGAUAAUAAGCCAAGCAUCGACAGCUUCUCAACAAGUGGACACAAACCAGAUACUAUCAAGGGAAAUUUGGAAUUCAGAAAUAUUCAUUUCAGUUACCCAUCUCGAAAGGAAGUUAAGAUCUUGAAGGGACUCAACCUGAAGGUGCAGAGUGGACAGACAGUGGCCCUGGUUGGGAACAGUGGCUGUGGGAAGAGCACGACAGUGCAGCUGAUCCAGAGGCUCUAUGAUCCCACAGAGGGCGUGGUCAGUAUUGAUGGACAGGACAUUAGGACCAUAAACGUGAAAUAUCUGCGGGAGAUCAUUGGUGUGGUGAGUCAGGAACCCGUGUUGUUUGCCACCACAAUAGCAGAAAACAUUCGCUAUGGUCGUGAAAAUGUCACCAUGGAUGAGAUUGAGAAAGCUGUAAAGGAAGCCAAUGCCUAUGACUUCAUCAUGAAACUGCCCCAUAAAUUUGACACCCUGGUUGGAGAGAGAGGGGCCCAGCUGAGUGGUGGACAGAAGCAGAGAAUCGCCAUAGCACGUGCCCUGGUUCGCAACCCUAAGAUCCUCCUGCUGGACGAGGCCACAUCGGCCUUGGACACAGAAAGUGAAGCUGUGGUUCAGGUGGCUCUGGAUAAGGCCAGAGAAGGGCGGACCACCAUUGUGAUAGCUCAUCGCUUGUCUACAGUUCGUAAUGCUGAUGUCAUUGCUGGUUUUGAUGAUGGAGUCAUUGUGGAGAAAGGAAAUCACGAUGAACUCAUGAGAGAGAAAGGAGUUUACUACAAACUUGUCACAAUGCAGACAGGAGGAAAUGAAAUUGAAUUAGAAAAUGACCUUUAUGGACCUAAUGGUGAAACUCAUAACGUUGAUAUGUCCUCAAAAGACUCACGAUCCAGUCUAUUAAGAAGAAAAUCAAGUCGCAGAAGUAUCCACAGUCCACAAGACGAAGAAAGAAAGCCUAGUACAAAAGAGGAGGCCUUGGAUGAAAAUGUACCUCCAGUUUCUUUCUGGAGGAUUCUAAAACUGAAUUUAACUGAGUGGCCAUAUUUUGUGGUUGGUAUUUUUUGUGCUGUUAUAAAUGGGGGCCUACAACCAGCAUUUUCAAUAAUAUUUUCAAAGAUUGUAGGGGUUUUCGCAAGAGAUGAUGAUCCUGAAACAAAACGGAACAAUAGUAACCUGUUUUCACUUUUAUUUCUCAUCCUUGGAAUUAUAUCAUUUAUUACAUUUUUCCUUCAGGGCUACACAUUUGGUAAAGCUGGAGAAAUCCUCACCAGACGGCUACGGUACAUGGUUUUCAGAUCCAUGCUGAGACAGGAUGUAAGCUGGUUUGAUAACCCAAAAAAUACCACUGGAGCUUUGACCACCAGGCUUGCCAAUGAUGCUGCACAAGUAAAAGGGGCUACAGGUUCCAGACUUGCUUUAAUUACUCAGAAUAUCGCAAAUCUUGGAACAGGAAUCAUUAUAUCCUUAAUCUAUGGCUGGCAAUUGACACUUUUGCUCCUGGCAAUUGUGCCCAUCAUUGCGAUCGCAGGAGUUGUUGAAAUGAAAAUGUUGUCUGGACAUGCACUAAAAGAUAAGAAAGAGCUAGAAGGCUCUGGAAAGAUUGCCACUGAAGCAAUAGAAAACUUCAGAACUGUGGUUUCUUUGACUCGGGAGCAGAAGUUUGAACAGAUGUAUUCCCAGGGUUUGCAGGUACCAUACAGAAAUGCUUUGAAGAAAGCACACAUCUUUGGAAUCACGUUCUCCUUCACUCAGGCAAUGAUGUACUUUUCCUAUGCUGCCUGUUUCCGGUUUGGUGCCUACUUGGUGGCCCGUGAGCUGAUGGUAUUUGAAGAUGUUCUAUUGGUCUUUUCAGCUAUUGUCUUUGGCGCCAUGGCAGUUGGACAGGUCAGUUCACUUGCUCCUGACUAUGCCAAAGCCAAAGUGUCAGCAUCUCAUGUCAUCAUGCUCAUUGAAAAAGUCCCGGAGAUUGACAGCUACAGCACAGACGGAUUAAAGCCAAAGGUGUUGGAAGGAAAUGUGACCUUUAAUGAAGUGAAGUUCAACUAUCCCACCCGGCCAGACAUCCCAGUGCUUCAGGGACUGAGUCUGCAGGUGAAGAAAGGCCAGACGCUGGCUCUGGUGGGCAGCAGCGGCUGUGGGAAGAGCACGGUGGUGCAGCUCCUGGAGCGCUUCUAUGACCCAUUGGCCGGCACAGUGCUUCUGGAUGGCAAGGAAAUAAAGCAACUGAACGUGCAGUGGCUCCGAGCACACCUGGGCAUUGUGUCACAGGAGCCCAUCCUGUUUGACUGCAGCAUUGCUGAGAACAUCGCCUAUGGAGACAACAGCCGGACUGUGUCCCAGGAUGAGAUCAUCAGGGCGGCCAAGGAGGCCAACAUACACCAGUUCAUUGACUCGCUGCCUGAUAAAUACAACACCAGAGUUGGAGAUAAAGGAACUCAGCUAUCUGGUGGUCAGAAACAGCGCAUUGCCAUAGCUCGUGCCCUGGUUAGGCAGCCUCAUAUUUUGCUUUUGGAUGAAGCUACAUCAGCUCUAGAUACAGAAAGUGAAAAGGUUGUGCAAGAAGCCCUGGACAAAGCCAGAGAAGGCCGCACGUGCAUUGUGAUCGCUCACCGCCUGUCCACCAUCCAGAACGCAGAUCUAAUUGUGGUGAUCCAGAAUGGCAAAGUCAAGGAGUAUGGCACCCACCAACAGCUGCUGGCACAGAAAGGCAUCUAUUUUUCCAUGGUCAGUGUCCAGGCUGGAGUGAAGCGCCAGUGAACUGUCACCAUGCAAGAUUAAAUAUUUUUUUUAAUAUUGAUGUUUAUUAUGACAUUUAAUCAAAGGUUAAAAACAAGCACUUAUUGGAUUAGGUAGUUAAUCCAUUUAGCAUUUCCUGCCAAAUUGAGGAUUUCAUCAAGUUUAGAAUCUUCAGAGACUCUAUAAUUUCAUGAAAAUAAAUAUAGACAUCAU